ACACCAAGUGCUUUCAACACAGGGCAGGGGGAUUGAUACAAAGCUUGUUUGACAGCCAUAUACAUGUUUAAUGCCUUCAAACGUAUGUUUUUUUUGCUGAUUUUUUAUCGCAAAAGUCAUAUUAUGACAAGAAGUCAGAAGGACCGGUUUGUCUAAAGUAAUUGUACUGGUUCAAGCUACGGGACAGAUCAUGUAAUGACGUGAUCUGGUGUAAAUGGAGCAAGUGGAGUUGGUCACCUACCUGCAAAUUCAGCGCGAUACCAGCUAAUAGCUAGCUAACCUUAGCUAGUUAUCCAGCCAAUUAAAGCAAUGCCUUGAUGACAGCAUUUAGCUAGCUAACAACAGAGACCUAGCUGCUAGUUUAGCUAGGAAUAGUUGCUCAUUGCAAACGUGAAUUUCCGACAUGUGGUGCACGUAGCACGUAUUUGUACAUUUAUACGACUUGCAUAAAUGGAUGCUUCACCUCUGGGCGAGCAAACCCCCGAAACACAGUCGGCCACGAAUGGAACCAGGGAGCUCGCGUGAAAGUCCAUUCGGUUCCGGGGGUCCCGAUCCGUCGGACAUACGCGAGGAGACCCCCGGCGAAGAGGCUGAGGAUGGGGACAACAGCAUCCUGAGAGAAGGGGGAGGGAACGAAAACACUCUGGACAACAUGAAAACAGAGUGUGAGGAUGAUGGUGACACUGGGAAAAAUGUUGAUGCUGCUAAUGAAGAAGGCAAAUAUGAAGAGGAAUUGGACCCUAGAAUUCAGGAGGAGCUAGAGCACCUCAAUCAGGCCAGUGAUGAAAUCAACAAGGUGGAACUGAAACUGGAUGAUGCUAGGUCCAGCUACAGGAGGAUCCUCACUGACUCAGCCAGGAAGCUCAAUGCUCAGGGCUCCCAGCUAGGGACCUGCAUUGAGAAGGCCAGGCCCUACUACGAAGCCCGCAGACUAGCCAAAGAGGCCCAGCAGGAGACGCAGAAGGCAGCGUUGCGGUACGAGAGAGCCGUCUCCAUGCAUACGGCUGCCAGGGAGAUGGUGUACGUGGCAGAGCAGGGGCUCCUGGCAGACAGGAACACUCUGGACCCCACCUGGCAGGAGAUGCUCAACCACGCCACCUCCAAGGUUAACGAGGCAGAGGAGGAGCGGCUGCGGAGCGAGAGGGAGCACCAGCGGGUCACUCAGCUGUGCCAGGAGGCAGAACAACGUGUCCAGACCCUCCAGAAAUCCCUCAAGAGGUUCAUCAUCAAGUCCAAACCUUAUUUCGAGCUCAAGGCUCAGUUCAACCACCUACUAGAGGAACACAAGGCAAAGGUGGUGCAGCUGGAAGAACGCGUUGCAAGAGUAAAAAUGCGCUACUCCGUCGCCCUGCGCAACCUGGAGCAAAUCAGCGAGCAGAUCCAUGCCCAGAGGGGGCGUGUCCGAGCCAAGGGGGCCCGCCCAGUAGCUUGCGGUGGGCGGAGCUCCCCAGUGGGGGCGGAGGCUGACGUCAAAGCUGCUGUCGGGGUUCAGGUUGGAGGAGCAUGUGGCGGAGGAGGAGGGUUGGAGGAGAAGGACUGGGCUGAUGGAGAGAAGACCAGGCAGUGGGUGGAGAGACACCGAGAGCAGGGCUGGGGUCAUAGGGAGAGGGGGGAGGCAGGGUCAGACUCCAUGUCUGUCAUCAGCCUCCAGACCAUCGCCUCGGACCUGGAGAAGUGCGACUCGGUGGGGCACCUGGGGGACCUGAGUGACGUUAGCAGCCUGAUGGGAGAGGACUGGGAGAGGCACCGGUCCCUGAUGGCUGAGAACAGAGAUAGGAACCCAAGGGCAGAGGAGAGAGUUGUGAGGGAGGUGGACAUCCCUGCUCCAAGGCAGGAUAGAUUGGAGGUGGUGAGGGGGGUGAUAGGGAGACAGGAGAGCUUUGUCAAGCAGCACCACAGAAGUGUGAGUUUGUGAUACCAGAAUAGAAGGCACUGUGUGAUGAAUGAUCAGAUAAAGGAAUGAAAUCAAGAGAGAGCAAAGAAUACAGACGGCGAUUGUGGAAGUUCUGUUUGAGAGAUUGAAAUGUAGAACACUGACAAUGAGUCCCAAAUAGAACCCUAUUCCCUACAUAGUGCACUACUUUUGACCAGGGCCUAUAGGGAAUAGGUUGCAAUUUGGCACACAACCCUGCAUCAUUGUGACACUGCAGAGGGUAGUACCAGGGAAGUGGAGGGUGGCUGGUACAUCAUGCACACAGAGAGAGAAGAAGAAGAAGAAGUGUCAGGCGAUUCACUAGGUCCUUGUGGGACUUGUAGUUCCUACACUCUAAUCGGUCUAUUGUUCAACACCAGUAAGAUAUCAGUGACCUGAGGUUAAGCUAGUCUUAACACCGUACUGUGUGUAAAUACAGAGGCAUAAUAGAUAACUUUACUUACAGUUUCACAGCUGAACGUUUUAAUCAACCAAGUUUAUUUUAUCAAUUUCGAUUUUGACAUUAGUCCCUUUUAAAAAGCCCUUUGUGCUUUUAUUUCCAAAUUGAUUGAAUUACCACAGAAUUCGGUUUUCUGCUCGUCCUUGGAAUGAACCAAAUGUGUUGAUACAAGCAAUACUGCUCUCUCUCUCUCUCCCUCUUGAGUAAAAAUAGAUUUUAAAACAUUUUAAUUUAGUUAUUAGACCUGUUUUGUGUUUUUACCCCAGUAGAAUGUUCUGGAAAUGUUCCCAGCACCUCGAGGGCCAACGACUCCCUCAGACACCAGACUGUAGAGAAUGUCUCUGUCACUCACAUUGACCCUUCUCUGACCUUUCACAAUCCCUGCUUUCUGUCGGGAAGGAAAAAAUGUGUCUGCUAUCCUGAUCUGACACAACAAUGUGUGUCCAAAAUGGGACCCUAUUCCAUAUGUAGUGCACUACUUUUGACAAGACCACAUUUUGGGUUCUGGUCAAAAAAUAGUGCACUAUAUAGGGAAUAGGGUGACAUUUAGGACUCAUGCAAGAUGUUACACUGCAUGGUGGGAAAUGGUUCUAAUUAACUCAUUUUUACUAUUGCGUAAACCAUAAAGAACAUUUUUUUUGUUUUUUUGAGGAACAUCAGAAAUAAGAUUUUUAAUUUUACUCAAAUGUAUUUUAAGUGCCUUUGACCCUCCUAAUUGUUAUUUUAUUUUUGACAUAUUCUGAGAGUUUAAUGCCCCUUUAAUGUCUUUGAUGACAUUUUUUUGUAAUCAGGGAAUCCCAAUUCUAACCAUUAAUUAUUUAAUUUCUUAACUGUCUUCCUUUUUAAUAGUGAGACAAUUUUUUGUGAAGUUUUCAUUGUUUUAGAUUUAAAUACUUUAACAGUGUUUUACCAUAGUUAACAUAGUUGACAAAUGUACCUGCAUUUCACCUACUCUUAACGCCACUAAAUUGUGUUGUUGUGCACCGCCUGGGUGUAGUAGAUGGCUACGUUGUUUUUGUAUCGGGGUUUUCACUUCCUGGGGUUAUUUUUGAACCAGUUUCUUCUCUUGUUCAUUUUGUACCUGUUGACGGGUACCUUACCUUGAUUUUAUUGAUCUCACCAGACACGGACACUAAAUCACUACACUAGAGAGACACAGAGAAGGAAGGAGGGAGGGAGGUAGAGAGAGAGGGAGGUAGAGAGAGAGGGAGGUAGAGAGAGAGGGAGGUAGAGAGAGAGGGGAGG